AUGGCCGAUAUGACAACUACUCAGAGAGGAGAGUCUAUAAAUAACCUUAUGAAAGAUUAUUUGGAUGCCACAACAUCCCUUACUAAUUUUUUGAAAGCUUUCGAGUCUGCUUUAGAUCAAAGAAAAGAAGAUAUGGAAUUUGUGAAAUUCUGUAAAGAUUAUACAAAUGCCAAAUUGGUUACAAAAAGUCCUUACGAAAAACAAGCAAUGGAUUUCCUAACUAAAUAUGCAUUAGAUAAAACUCAAAAACAGUUACUUGAAUGUAUGAUGUACAAGUGCGAAGAAAUUAUAAAAGUUGCAUCUCAACUUAAUUUGAAAAAUCUGCACUACUAUUUAUUUCUUACAAGAUGGUUUAAGGAUCCUAAUGAUCAAAACAUUAUGAAAAUGUACCAGGUGUUUUAUAAUUUGGUAGGAUCGAGUUCAAAUCAAAAUGCUAAUAAUGGCAAUUCUCCAGAAACUAAUGAUGAUGAUUAUGAAUAUCUUUUAAAUCGAACAUGGCAAAAAGUUCAGCAGUUAAUAAAAGCAAAACCUGUAACAGCAAAAGUUUUUUAUAUCUUACUUGAUGAAUCAGUGCAAAAGGAAAUUACCAUGCAUAUCUCAGAGAAACGGUCAAUAAAUCAAGUCGAAGAUCAAAUAAAAAAUCACGUAGCCAUAAGACAAAAAGAAGAAAUAAUCUAUAUUAAGGACGUGUAUCCAAUAAGAGAAUUCAAAGCGGAAGUAAUUUCUUCUGAAAAAGAAAACAUUCCACCACUUCCAUCUGUAGACUCUCAAAGUUUAACCAAAAUUAAUCAAGAACAAACCUUUGAAUUCGAAUAUAAUAAUGAUCCUAGCAAAAUUAAAACAAUUUCAAUUGAAUUUUUUCUGUCAAAAGAAUACGAAAGCAAUAUCCAUACUAUUUAUAAGAUUCAGAAUAAUGAACCACGAAAUGACAUUUCAGCCGGGAGCACCACCAGUACUACAACCGGGAACAUCGAAAGUAAUACCAACAUCAGGAACAACGAUAACAACACCACCAGACCGGGUAUUGGGAACAGCAUCUUAACAGACAUCUCAUCAACCGGUAGGUUUAAAGGCGUUGAUUACCUUUUAAGAAAUUCUUUUAACAUUGGAGAAGAUGAAAUAGUGAAAUUCAAAAACAUUUCUGGUUAUUAUUUUCUCCAACUCAACGAGGAAAGGCUUACAAAAAAGCCAUUUAAACUAGACUACGUUUUAGCAAAAAAUAUCGCUGAAUUAAUCGAUGGAUUAAAUCACAUUCUUUUGGCCGAAAAAAAGCUUAGUGCAAUUAAUAUGUCUUUUGAAUCAGUCGUAAAACUUGCCAAGGAAGUUGAGCAAGAGAAAGUGGGAUGA